AUGGGAUUGCUUUUUGGUUUUCUAUAUGUGCUGCUUGCGGCAGGGCAGGCAACAAGAUGCAGCCACAUAACAUGCGGAGAGAUGCUGGCGUACAAAAGCAGGCCUGUGGGCCGCGUGUGUGGGGAGGACGUGUAUGUGAGCCCGGAGUGGGUGGGGCACCCGGUAUGUGUGUCCAGGCUUGUCUGGCUGGAGUACGUGUACAAUAUGCGGAGGUACUCGUGCGGGCUGGACACGAGCUUCAGCCUGGUGCCGAGCGGGCAAGUGGACAAAUACAGAGGAGAGGUGUACACAUAUGUGCGAGAGCCGGAGAAGGACAGGGCCCACCUUCCCGACAGCAUUGCGAGUGCAGCAGCGUUUGCAAGAGACGAAGGGUACAGCGUGGCGUUCCACCAAGCGCUUGUAUAUAUGUUCGGGCUGCAGAAGAAGGGGGGCCUGACGGUUAAAACUGGACGGCCGUGCUCUUUCACAGAGUUCCUCCGGGAGAGCUGCAGAACGCAAAAAGAGGCACACUACGUGCUGGCUGCGCUGGUCCUGCUGAGCGAGGGCGUGGACGCGCCGAUUGAGACCGCUGGGAACAAAGUGAUUCUAAAAAAAAGAAAAGACUGCGAGGAGGCGCUGGUGGAUGUAUGCGUGCCAGUUGUGGACAGUGGAGAAGGUCCGCCAUCCGAGACGUGGCAGGUGGUAAACUUCUUCAAGCGGCACAGAGGCAUACACAUGCAGCCAAGCACAUACGAAGAGUUUAAAACGGGAGACUUUCUGGAGAGCCCGCAGCUUCUGAUUCUCACGUACAUAGGCGAGUACGUGGAAAACGCGGAGGAGCUCAUGUCUGUGAUGGAGUGCAUGUUUAACCUUCUGGAGGGCAUGGGCCUGGCCGAGAGUGUGGGAGACCCAGGCAGCGUGGCCGGGCGGCUGUUUGUGCCUGCGAGCCGGCUGCCUGAGGCCCAAGCGCAUCUCGCGCCGUUUCUAGAGGGGCUUUCCGCUCUAGCGGCCUUGGAGCACAUAGGCGAGCUUGACUGCCUUCAAAGAGAAGCCGAAUAUGUGGUCGUAAUUGACAUAGCCCUAGACGGGAAGAAGGAGCACUUUGACGAGCAUGCUACGAGCUGCAGGUUUCUUGGUGCGUGUCUGCUAUUGCCGUGCCUGGCAUACGACCCGGAGAAGAACGCGUACAGCCUGGAGGGCCUGCUGGCCGGGGCCGAGGAAACAAAAGAGGUGGCCAAAACCAGAGCGUUUUUUGAGGCGGUGAAGACACACAUAGAAGAGAGCUGUUUUUUGGGCUGGCCGAAGGAAGAACAUGCGCAAAAACGAAGAGACCUGUGGCUCAUGGUGCACAGGCAGUUCGUGGAGGCGCUGGGGAGUUUGGAGCCGACGUUUCUAAACCAGAUGCGCGUGCUUGCGCAGAUGACCGGGCGGCCGCAGGCGGUGAUGGACGAGCUGGCAGCACACCAAGCGGCGAUGGAUGCGGAAAAAAGGACAAAACUGGGCCCCGAGGCGAUCGAGAGCGUUUACGCGCUGCUGCGCUCAAUAGCAGUGGACAAAGGUGUGGAGGUGAAGAUUAGAAAGAACUACGGCUCCUUUAUAGGCGAAAAACGCAUGCUUACAAUACGUCAUGUGUCCGAACGCACCAACAGAUAUGAAAUGACGGUGGUGUUCACACAAGAAAAGACUUGGGUGACAAAUCUAAAUCUGCCACGCCGAACUCUUUCUAAUAGAGAAGAGAAUGUGUUGGGCGUGGCAGUUGCACAGUACAGGAAGGAAGCGCGGCUUUCAGGCUUUGUGCUUGCGGAGUGCAUGCACCGAAUGGCGGCUGCAAAGGACAUUUUAAACUUUCCAAGCACAACAAUCGAAGAUGUGCAUGAAGCUGCGCGGUGGGCAGUUGAGUGCAGCCCGGCCAGGCCGACCGGCGUGCUUAUGGUGCUGGGCACGCGCUUCAGGGAAGAGCUUGUCUCUGCGCUGGUGCUGUAUGCCGAGCAGAAGAGUAUUGCGCUGACCCCGGCACACCCAGUAGGCCGAUUGAUUGCGAACGUGAUAGGGAGCAUUGACCUUAGCGACUCGACAAACCGACAUUGUAUCCUGAAAGUGCCUGCAGUCACCGGCAUUCUGCGGGUGCUGUGCCCAGCGCUGCAGCUGUCCAAAAAGUCGCAGAUGCAACUUUGGAAUUUGCACGCGCUUGAUGUGCAUUUCGUGCCGUAUCCCUUCGAAAAUACCGAUUUGCUUACACGGGAAAGCCUUAUGUCGUAUCUUCGAGCGUACGCAGAGAAACAAAACCAGCCGCUGUUCAGGUGUGAGCUGCUGCAUAGGCAUGCGAUUAUAGAAAAGUAUAGAACGUUUCUGUUUGCGGCGGACCCGGCGGCAUCCCUAGAAGAGGUAUGUUCGCUUGUUCUAGCAGAUAACGCGGGAGAAGACCUGGUGACGGCCAAGGCCCUGACCAAUGCGCUGCGGCUGUCCUGGCUGGCGGUUCUUUUGGGGAGGGGCUUGGAGGAGAAUCAAGACGCAAUUGUCGAGAUUUACAAGACUGUUAAGCCGGGGCAUCUUGCAAAAGAGCUUAGUGACCUUUGCGAUUUUUGGCAGCGCGUAAAUCUAAACUCUACACUAGACGGCCUGAAUAGAGCAAGAAAUGUUCUUGUAGGGGGAGGGGGCCGCGCAAAGUUUGAAGCGCUGUGUGAACUCUACCGCCAAGUAUGCAUUAGAUUCCAGGAUUGA